UGCAGGCCAUUCGUACGGCGCCACGUCAGCAGACGAGUGCGUCGCCAUCGCCGAGACGGAGCGCCACAUCAUGCUCCGCGUCAAGGCCACGAUUGAAGCGCUCGGGUCGCCUGUGACGGUCGUGUCGGUGGGAAGCACGCCGACCGAGCUUGUUCGGCGCAACUACGACGGAAUCACCGAGCUUCGCCCUGGCAACUACAUUUUCCAAGACCGAACGCCCGUGCGAACCGGCGUCUCGACCGUCCAGAACGUCUCGCUCACAGUUCUCGCGACGGUCGUGAGCGCCAAUGCUCACUACUUUAUCAUUGACGCCGGCUCCAAGUUCCUCUCGGCCGACGGCGUGCGCGGGUCCGGCGCCUUUGGCAGCAAGUGCUUUGGGCUCGUCUUUCGCGAAGCCGACUUUGACGCGGUGGUCGACGAGCCCACGUCCCACGACUUUACCUUGCCCAAUGGGUCGCCGGCCAUGUGCUUUGAGCUGCAAAAGCUCUCGGAGGAGCACGGCUGGGUCGCCCACGGUCCUCGCGGCAAGGCCGCCUCGCCGCAGAUUGGCGACCGCAUCGUCAUCCUCGUCAACCACUCGUGCCCCGUGGUGAACCUCUCGAACGGCCUUGUCGUCAAGGGCGCGUCGCCCCGCACGAUCGAACUCAUCUCGCGCGGCUGCUGUCAGUAGUUGCGCUUCAUCGCUUCGUGAGCAAAUGUCACUGGAAGGUAGCCAGCCUACUGCGCAACAGACCACCGCGCUCGACGGUGUUCUGAAGGAUAUAACGAAUGCAGAACUGGUUACAGAUCAUAAGACGACGCUUGUAUAACAACGAGGACUCUAUCAAUGCUUGUCAUUC